ACUACUGCAAAGAAAAAGAGAAAAAGUGAAAGGUUCAAAAAACAAACCCUCAUAAAGAUUCUCCUCAAUCAUCGAUAAACACUUCCCCAACAGUCUUUCUUGAACUAGAGAAAAUUUGGAAUAGAAAUCAAUCUCAACACCUUCUAGCAAUUCCCUGAUGGCCCUUUCAAUAACAAAUAGAUUAACAUCAUCUUAUUUUUCAACUUUCCCAUGUUCCUUUUCUGUGUCCAUAUUUAUAAUUCUAUUUAUACUUCCAUUUCUCAUUCCAACACAAGCUCAAUCAAGACUCUGCAGAAAAUCUUGUGGUGGCAUUCCAAUUCAAUACCCUUUUGGCUUAGAUGAUGGAUGUGGCAGUCCAUAUUACAGGCAUAUUCUUGUUUGUACAGCAGAUAUGCUUGAGUUUAGAACACCUUCAGGCAGAUACGCUGUUAAAAAUAUAAACUAUUCAGAUCCUCACAUUCUUGUCACUGACCCCUUUAUGUGGAAUUGCCUAGACGGCGAUAAUUUUCGCCCGACAAGGCCAUUUAGCCUAGAUACUAGCACACAUUUCACUCUAUCACCUCAAAAUGAUUACCUUUUUUUCAACUGUAGUGAAAAAGAUGUGAUCAUUGAGCGAAAACCAACUUUCUGUGAGCGUUUUCCUGAACAGUGUGAUUCGACCUGUGAUAGUUCGAGUUAUCUUUGUAGGCACUUACCUGAAUGUGCUAAUGGAUUGAGGAGUAGCUCUUGUUGUUCUUACUAUCCUAAAGCUACAGAGUCUUUGAGACUUAUGUUGAAGCAUUGUGCAACUUAUACUAGUGUGUAUUGGAGAAAUCUUGGUGUAACUCCGGCUUUUAAUGAGGUCCCUGAGUAUGGGAUUAGAGUUGGUUUUGAUAUUCCAGUGACUACGCGAUGCCUCAAGUGUCAAGAUUCUGAUAAGGGAGAUGGCAUAUGUGGGUUUCAUACAGAGAGACUCAAUUUUUUGUGCCUGUGUAACAAAGGAAACAGUACAACCAACUGUAAUGAUAGUGAAAAUUCGCACAGGAAGCCUGGAGUUGUUGCAGGGACUGCAACUGCAGUAUCAGUUGCAGGGGCAUUUGGAAUUGGAGUUGGUGUAUGGUACUUGAAGAAAGUGAGAGCAAAAGCACCAGUAACUCAUGGAGUUCAAAGCAAUGAGAACAGACUAUUCUGAGUUCACUUUGAAUUUGGAAAUGGAAGAAAAGACAGACAUAAAGAAAUAGUAUGCAAAUAUAGUGAAUAUGAUUGAACUUGCUAUUCUAUGUUCCAAAAUCAGCAUAUUUUGUGAGUCCAUGAUUUGAUACUCAAACUCCAUUUCCUUUGUGAAUCUAAAGUCUCUAUCUCUUUAA